CAAUGGGCUGGGUGGGGUAUAUAAGGCAUGGACCGGCUGCUUUCCCAUUGUUCAUUUGUGCGGCAGGAGAUCGUGUAGUGUUUGGUGUGAGCAGCCACUGCCAGAUUAAGUCUAAAAAUGGCAGAUAAGCCAGAUCUGGGGGAAAUCGACAAGUUCGACAAAUCUAAGCUGAGGAAAACCGAAACAAAAGAGAAAAACACACUGCCUACGAAAGAGACAAUUGAACAAGAGAAGAAAAAUUAAAGAACUUUUGAAUUUUCUACUGAAUCCACCACACCCCAGCAAUGGCUUGAAGGGAAAAUGGUCUGACCUUUAUUGGCGAUCUAAGUGCACUGUGAAUGAAAAGGAGGACCUGUCAAGUGUUGGACCUUUUGGAAUGCCAAAAACUAAAGGGAUUUUGUGUUAUCUUGUCUUCCCUAUUGUCUGAUUGUUGAAUGGAAUAAAGAAAUUUUGU